CCUCCACGCACGCUCGUGGUAGAGUCCGGGAAGACAGCGCGAGCGAUGGCCUCCACAGCAGCAGCCACCUCCCCGUUCCUGGGCACCCGCCUGCCCGAGCGCAGCGUCGCCAUGGCGGCCGGCCGGUUCCAGGCCCGGUUCGGUUUCGGCACCAAGAAACGGCCCCAGUCCAAGAAGACCAAGGCGCCAACGUCGGACCGGCCGCUGUGGUUCCCGGGCGCCAAGGCGCCCGAGUGGCUCGACGGCUCGCUCGUCGGCGACUACGGCUUCGACCCCCUCGGCCUGGGCAAGCCGGCGGAGUACCUCCAGUACGAACUCGACUCGCUGGACCAGAAUCUGGCAAAGAACUCCGCCGGGGAGCUCAUCGGCACCCGAACAGAGAACGCCGACGUGAAGUCCACCCCCUUCCAGCCCUACGCCGAGGUGUUUGGUCUGCAGCGGUUCCGCGAGUGCGAGCUCAUCCACGGGCGGUGGGCCAUGCUCGCCACCCUCGGCGCCCUCACCGUGGAGUGGCUCACCGGCGUCACCUGGCAGGACGCUGGCAAGGUAGAGCUGGUGGACGGCUCCUCCUACCUGGGCCAACCCCUCCCCUUCAACAUCACCACGCUGAUAUGGAUCGAGGUGCUGGUGAUCGGCUACAUCGAGUUCCAGAGGAACGCGGAGCUCGACCCGGAGAAGCGCCUGUACCCCGGAGGCAAGUACUUCGACCCCCUCGGCCUGGCGUCCGACCCUGAGAAGAAGGCCACCCUGCAGUUGGCGGAGAUCAAGCACGCCCGCCUCGCCAUGGUCGCCUUCCUGGGCUUCGCCGUCCAGGCCGCCGCCACCGGCAAGGGCCCCCUCAACAACUGGGCCACCCACCUGAGCGACCCACUCCACACCACCAUCAUCGACAACGUCUUCUUCGCCUCCUCCUCCUAAGUGCGACAAGACAUCGAUCGGCUUCACCUUUCCCCUCCCUCCCAUGGCGAUCUCCUUGUGUGGGAUUCCUGUGGUGGGGGUUAAUUUCCUGUGUACAUCACAAGUCACUCGACUUCUGCGUGCGUAAUUUCUACAAUAUAUGGUGGUUUCUACAAUAUAUAUAUA